GCAAACGAGAUCGCAUCCCGCGGAAUGGCGUCACUAAUCUUUACGGUGUAAACACGAUAUCGCUAGUGACACCGCGACGGGUGUCUUCGCCGACGGUGACAUCGAUUUUAUAUGGACUGGUCAUACUGAUCGAAAUCGGGAAAACUGCUGCCCGCUGACCAGUGCCCACCACGCUAUUGGCCCUCCCGCGCAUGGACGCGUCGUCGUGCAGUCGCAGUGUACGUGAAUCGCACUAACGAGCGCGUCCCGUCCGGUGUCCGGAUUCCGUGUGAACGGCGUGUGCAGAAAUUUAUUGUCGACGUGCGGGUUCGAGUGGUCAAUAACGACAAUAACGGUUGCGGCAGAACGUGAAUCGGCGUCCGCGUAUCUAUCGUCGCGGUUGGUCUUCGCCGUCACUUCCAUCACUUCCAUCCGGCCUGCGGUGCGGUCGAACGUCUCCGAUCGUCUGUCUGCGUGCGGCCCACCCGACUGUUUACUGCAAUAGCGUGUGUAACACAACGUCGUCGUGUCCCGUCUCGAAGAUGUCUGUCGUCACGAUAAAAUUAGAAAACGAUGACGAGAACUUCGCCGAAGAGCCCAAGUACGACGCUCGCGACGACGUCGACAUGUCCAUACGGAUCAUGUUCAACGGCCGGGAAGUUGGAAAUGUAAUUGGCAAACGAGGUGACACUGUAAAAAAUAUAAGAAACCUGUCUGGUGCUAGAAUUUUAAUUUCUGAUAGUUCCACUCUAGAACGUAUUGUUCUUAUUACUGGAAAUAGAAACACAAUUUUUAAAGCUACUGAACUUAUUUGUCAAAAAGUUGAAGAAUUUUUUGAGAGACAACAUGGUCAAUGGAAUGGCCCAAAAUCACCUUUUACACUUCAACUAAUUGUACCAGCAUCUCAAUGUGGUUUCAUAAUUGGCAAAGGAGGAAGUAAAAUAAAAGAAAUUAGAGAAUCAAGUGGUGCUGCUAUAUUAGUAGGAUCAGAUAUGUUAGCUAAUUCAACUGAACGUUUAGUUUUAAUUACUGGUACUUCAAGCUCAAUAUCUCUUUGUGUUUAUCUGGUCUGCAAUAUACUAUUGGAUUCUCCUCCUCGUAAUGCAUCAAUCCCUUAUCAACCUUCAACGUCAGGGAUUGCUUCUUGUAUUGAUGUAACUGAUUGUAGAAGAGAAAGCAAUAUUCCUUUGACCAAUUUUGCAGCUUUAGGGAUAGGAACUUCAUCAUCUGGAAGUAUCAAUCCAGCAGCCUUGACUGCAUUAGCUGGAAGUCAGUUAAGAACUGGCUAUCGUCAAAACGGAAAUGUUAGUGGAGAACAUAAUGAACAAAAUAUCAAAUCAAAUAUUGAGACAAUAUCAAUGACUGUUCCCAAUGAAUUAAUUGGGUGCGUCAUUGGUAAAAGAGGAAGUAAAAUCGCAGAAAUUCGACAAAUAAGUGGCGCUAAAGUUCAUAUACAUAAAUUUGAAGGAACUAAUGAAAACGGGGAGGAUUUAGAUCGCCGUAUAAGAAUUACAGGAAACAAAGAAUCUAUUUCAAUUGCUAAGUACUUAAUUGAAAUGAGUGUGACUCUGCAAAAAGCCGCCAAUCUUGAAGAGGUUAAAUUAACCUCUAGUCCUGACAAUGGUUCCAGUUCAACUUCAUCCACUCCAACUAUGCCUCAACUAUUUGCCAAGCCAGAUCCCAUCACUACCAUAUCCAGCUUAUAUGCUUAUAUAGCCUUAACUGGUCGUGCCCAACGAUCCCCUCCAAUACAGACCACAGGUGUCCACCGUCCGAGAAAUUCUUUAAAAAGAAAGCGCAGUCCUUCAGGUGACAAAACUAAUGUGGAAAAAUCAAAGGUCGUUCAUCACUGAAUGAUAAUUGAUUUCAAAUCCUAAAACAAUUUCCAUCAUUACUCAUUAGGUUUUCUUCA